GCCGGCUCUUUGAUCAGGGGCAAGUGUGAGAACAUGUUUGAGAUUCCUGUGAAUGUCAGUUGGUAAGUCGCAAGUCCCCCCUAGGGCGGAGGGUAAUGUGAGAAAGAACAGGAAACGGAUAAGAAGCUUAGAUAAAGAAACCCACUUCCUCCGACCGCUGAAGUUUGAGUCGGCUGUUACGCAACUGUCCACUACCUGGCUGGAGUUUCGCAAUUCAAAGAUACUUCCAUCCUCAGACAUGGAGGCCGUGGAGUCCUGGACGUUGUUGAACACACUAAACAUGAGCGCCACGUUGAUCUGCAUGGUUCUCAAACUUCCGCAGAUCAUCCUGCUGGGAAACGCGAAGUCAACCAAGGGGGUGAGCCUUCGGGCACUGCUGCUGGAGCUGACCGGGUACAUUGUGUUUGCCUCGUACCAGAAGCACCAUGGAUUCCCUAUUGCUACAUAUCUGGAGUACCCCAUCCUGGUAGCACAAGAUUCCAUCCUUCUGCUGCUGAUUCUCCACUUGGAUGGCAACCUCUGGCAGAGCCUCAUCUAUAGCCUAGUAUUUGUAACGGGAUGGCAGUUGCUGACUUGGCAAAGCUGGAUAAUUGACCUUGCAUUGUCCUUCUGCACCUUCAUCAGUGGCAGCAGUAAGUUCACUCAGCUGCAGUGUCUGUGGGCGUCAGGAGAUGCCGGGCAGGUCAGCGCCCUCUCCUGGGCCUUGUCCACAUGCACCUGUAUAGCGAGGAUCUUCACAACCAUUCUCAGCACUGGAGACCUGCAAGUUCUGCUGCGGUUCUGCGUCUUGACCACCCUGAACGGCUGGGUGUUCCUGACCGUGGUGUACUACAAGUGGCACGGGAAAAAACUCGCCUGAUGAACGGAUCGCUGCCAUGGGCACCGCCACACACACUACAGCCUAACAGAGAGAGUGCUUAGGCAUACCCUGGAACCUCUGUGCUGUUGCUGUGGUGACCAGUGACCCCACUGAUGGUUGCUGUAGGUUGUUCUUUCCUGGUAUGAUGCUGGAUGGAUGUCAGAGAGAGCAACAGCAUCACAGAACAUGGAACUAUCGAGCUGUUUCUGUAUAUUACAGUAUAUUCUGCUAUGCUUUACCUUUCAAUGUCUUUGCUUUCAGAGUGGCUCCAGUUAUAUUAUACUGAAUAUUGGACUCAUUUGUUUUGUGUGGAGAUCAUGAAGUGAGUGUAUGUGACACAAAGUCAGCUGUUCGGUGCCAUUGUUUGUUUGUUUUUGGUUCUGAGUAGGAACAAACUGUGUGUCACUUACCUUUCUCUGGGAUCUGAAAAGAUGGCCGCUGCGGCAUUAUGUACAUUCUUGUGCGCCUUUUGUAGCUAAGAAACCAUGAACUUCAGUGACCGAUAAAGAUACAUCAUGUUUCUGUGACAGCUGAAAUGAGUCUACGUGUGAAUAAAAUAUGUUCAAAAUCA